CAGCAGCAGCACGAGGCGAACGAGCACAAUACUUCCUUCUUUCCUUCUCCUGGAAGUCACCGCCUCUCCUCUCGUCUCUCGUCGGCCCCCAAACCCCAAAACCAUCUCCAUUCUCGAGCGCUCCAUAGGGAGGAAGGCGAAGGCGAAGGGAAGACGCGGCAGCGGUGGGGGCGGUGGAGGAGGAAGGGGAUCGGGAGGAUCGGGAGGGCGGCGCGUGAGCGAGGAGCCUGCACGGGCCCAUCAGGCGGCGGCGCUGGCCGCGGCCAUGAACGACAUCGCCACCCGCCUCGGGUUCGAGUGUACCAUUAAUUUUGGCGGGAUGCCACCGCAGAUGGAGUUCGCCAUGGCGAGUACGGAUGGCGACGUCGCGCGCCUCAAGAAGGUGGUGGAUACCAUGAACAAGGAUGAUCUGGAAUCGCUUGCCUCCGUGAGGAUACAAGCGUAUGGGCCACUGUUUGAGGCAGCAGGCUCGGGAAAAAUUGAUAUCUGCAAGUACUUGGUGGAGGAGCUCGGGUUUGAUGUCAAUGCUGAGGCUACUCGUGACUCAGGCAUGACACCUUUGUUUUGUGCUGUGUUGGAUGGACAAGAGAUUGCUGUGAGGUAUUUUCUUGACAAAGGUGCUGAUCCUAACAAGACAGAUGCAGCAGGCUAUGGCCCUCUUCAUGAAGCUGCAAAAAACGGACAUGAUGAAAUAGCACGAUUGCUGUUAUCUAAAGGAGCAAGUGUUGAUGUAUUAUCUUCUGAAGGGACACCACUUUAUGUUGCUGCCACUAAUGGGAAAUCUAGCAUUGUGCAGAUUUUAUUAGAGCACCAUGCAGAUCCAAACAAGAUCUCAGCAGAUUUAGGUACACCUCUGGCUGCAGUUCUUUCUGCCGCUCCUGAAACACUGGAUGAAUCUGAGUGUUUGAAGUGCAUGAAGCUCCUUGUCAAGGCUGGUGCUGAUUUAAAUUGUGCAAUUCCUGAUACCCCAUAUGCGAUAGCAACUAGAAAAGGCUUAACUGAGUGUAUUGCAUACUUGUCGGAGGUCAGCAGAGUUGCCAAUACUCCAACCGAUCAUGACAAAGUAAGUGACAGGGACAGAAAAGCUAAUCUGAUACUGCAUGGUGGAAACACAUUUGCGGAGGACGACUAUGAAGGUGCAACCAUAUUCUACACUGAGGCAAUCAAACUGGAUCCUGAAGAUGGUACACUGUAUUCAAACAGGAGCCUUUGCCAUCUGAAAAGUGGUAGAGCGCAGGAGGCUUUGCUGGAUGCUACUGAUUGCAUAAGACUGAAGCCUGAGUGUACUAAAGGUUACUAUCGGAAAGGAUCUGCCCUCAUGUCACUCAAGGAUUACAAGGAAGCUUGUAGUGCAUUCUUGGAUGGAGUGAAGCUCGAUCCUGAAGAUGAUGGUAUUCAGAGUGCAUUUUGGGUGGCAGCUAAAGCAAUGAAGGAUGAAUAUAUUAGCCGAAAUGCGUGUGGCCAAGUUGAUUAGGUCUAGGUGUGUUCUUGCCCGGUUCUGCUGUUUCUUUUGGACCUGAGUGUCAGCUAGGUUGUUUCUCGUUGGUGGAACAAGUGCUCGAUUCCACGUGGAACCCAUGUUUUUCCCUAACAUAUUUUAACAGUAUCUUGUUGAUAGCCGUAUUCUAGUGCUGAUCGCAUUGGUUUGAAUUUCAUGUUGCAUUGCGACUUGGUUUGAGUAGGUAAUCUGCUUC